UGCAGUGCUGUUUGGAACUUGCUAGCCGAGAUUCUGCAGAACUGGAGGAUUAAUUGUAGGCAGUUGGCUCACAGCUGAGGUACAGGUCCACAGUCUUCAGGGCAUUGUGUCGUCCGGAGAGUCAGUGAAAGGCUGCAGUCAAAGGCAGCAUGCUGGCUGCCCCGCCCCCUUCUCAGGCCUGCAGUAGACUGCAUGAAACCCACCCACAUGGAGGCUAAGCUGUCGUGUCAACACCCACUGAUUUAAACAGCUUUUCAUCCAAAAAACAGCCUCACGGAAACAUCAGAAUGUUUGACCAGAUGUUUUAGGUUUGUUGUUGGGUGGCUUGUUUGUUUGUUUGUUUUGAGACAAACUCUCUCAGGUCCCUGGUUGUCCUGGAACUCACUAUGUAGACCAAGCUAAUGUUGAACUCACGGCGAUCCUUCUGCCUCCACUUCCUGAGUGCUAGGAUUGAAGGUGUGUACCACCAUGCCCACCUUGACCAAAUAUCUGGGUACCAUGUUAGUCAAGUUAAUACCUGGUGUUGAUCACCGCACUUAACACAAUUUCCAGUAAUUUCUAGUUCUUUCCAGCGGCCCUUUGGCCUCUGGGGGCACCUGCACUCGUGUGUGCAUACUCCAUACAGGUACAUACACAUAAUUUAAAAUAACAAAUCAUUGAAGUACGUACGUUUAACAAUUAAUAAUUAGACAAAGUAACAUGAUAAACUUGGAAGGCUGCUUGGGGUCAUUUAAGCCUCUCUUCUCUUUGUGCUUGAGGUGAGUCCUGCAGGCCAGUGCCUGAAGGGAACUGCGCUCACACAGGUUAGACCCCACUCACUGACUCACCUGGCCUCACUGCAUCCUUAUGCCUGUCUCCUGCCUAAGAACAAAGUUGAAGCACCUCUUCCAGGGCACAUGUAAACAAGAAAGGGAGUUGCAGACCCUGCAACUUGCUGUACCAGGAGCUCCUUGUCAGAGCUUCUCUGGAGAAACUGAGGCUCAGGCCACACAGCUGGGGAGUGGCAGCAGCAGCCCUGGCCUGAGUUGUGGUUGUAGUUCUGCUUUUUGUGGGACCAGUGUUGGUGGAUUUCGCUUUUGAGGAAAAAUUUUCUCUCCCCCACAAAAAUCAACCAUCCUUAAAACACCUGCCUAAAUCCUGAAUGGUUUAUGUCAGUGGGGUUAAUGUUCUGUGUGGUCCUAUCACUUGACCUUGAUGCUUUCAGCCCAGCCUUGGGGAGCUUGUGGAUGGUGAACAUCCAGUUGUGAACCUAGAAUCUCCCCAUAAAGAACUCCACAUGCCAUAAAAAACAUACAUCCAGUGUCAGCAGCAGCUGGCACUACUGGCUGUGUGUGACAGAGAUGUGUCCUUUUGGGUCUGUCACUGUAGAUACAGGCCACUCCAGUGUUGGGGAAGUGGACAUGAGGACUCUCCUUCCUGCUCAGUGUUGCUGUGAACCUAAAAGUAUUCUCAACGCUAGAUACAAAGAGGCCCUUUCCUCUGUCCCCUGCUUCCCCGUCCUGUUCUCCUAGCUACCCUGCAUUGUUCAACCCAGUACAGAAUUGCUUUCUUUAGCACUGCUUCUCAGAAUCAGUAGUUGGCACAAACACAACCUGUGUGUUUCCUGCUACUCCACCUCUGCUGUGUCCCAGCUUCCUGCCCUCUCAGAGCUGCACACCUACUGUGCACCAUGGAGAUCUGCAUGUUGGCUUGGGCACAACACAUGGACGCACUGGUGCAUGUGGGUCUGAAGGGUCCCCUGUGCUCUGAGCUGGGGGCUUGGGCUCCUGGAUGUGAGGGCCACCGGCCUGGGAAGACUGGCUAUGCCUGGCCAGCUGCCAUGCCUUCCAGGUGUCCAAGGUAACUGCACUCCUUAAAGUUGUGUCUGUCACUGAUAAUCUUUUCCUGGUAGCCAAAGUACACAUCCCUAGGAUGGUGGCCGUUCUCAUACUGGCCUUCGCCUCCAAGCCCAGUACUUUCCUCCUCCCUCUCUUCUUUCCUCCCUCCCUCUUUCUGCACUUCUACUCCCAGGCUUUGUCUCUUUCUACCUGUGUGUGCCCCAGAAUCCUUGCUUGUGUUCUGUGGGGAAUCCCACCCCAACCUCCAGCAAGGCACAGAGGUGAAAUAGACUCUUUAUCUGGAGGUGCCCCCAAGCCCUGGGGCCACACUAGGUUUCACUCUGGUAGCCCUGCUCCAUCUGUGCCACCAUGUCCGCCUGGAGUUUCUUGUCCUCCCCUCCCAGGAGACUCUGCCUCCAGCCGUCAGCUCAGCCUGCACUGCCCCACAUCCCUUAGUGCAAGCUCUUGGAGUGACCAAGGGUCAGCCACACCAGUGCCUAGUAGCACACAGCCACCUCUGGCUUGGGAGUCCCUCGUGGACUUCCCACUAAGGUAGGGGCAUUCAGCACUUGAGAUGAAGCACACCAUUUUUCUGAAGGUGACACUAAACCCCAAACUGACGGAAUUAAUACGACAGAAUGCAGGACACCCAGCACCCAGCCAGGGCUGGCCCUGGAGGCCCUUCCCUCACUAGCCAUGCCACCUGCCUCUGCUCCCAGGUAGGCAGUAACCCACACAGGUGCCCUAUGGGCACCACUAAGGACCUGGGAAAAACAGACCACCCCACACCUGUGCGUCUGUGAGUACACGGUAGGCGUGCACACGACCUUGGCUCCAGCUCCAUAAAUACUGGAGAAGUGGCGAGAAGGACUGCCUAGAGGCAGACACUCACCAUGGGGCGCCUGGAGGUUCUGUUUCUUGGCCUCGCCUGCUGCUUGGCAGCAGCUUAUGCUGCAAAGCUGGGUGCUGUGUACACAGAAGGAGGUUUCGUGGAGGGCAACAACAAGAAGCUCAGUCUCUUGGGUGGUGACUCGGUUGACAUCUUCAAAGGCAUCCCCUUUGCCACCGCCAAGACCCUGGAGAAUCCCCAGCGUCACCCUGGCUGGCAAGGAACCCUGAAGGCCAAGGACUUCAAGAAACGAUGCCUACAGGCCACCAUCACCCAGGACAACACCUAUGGGCAAGAAGACUGCCUCUACCUCAAUAUCUGGGUCCCUCAGGGCAGGAAACAAGUGUCCCAGAACCUGCCUGUGAUGAUCUGGAUCUAUGGAGGUGCCUUCCUUAUGGGGUCUGGCCAGGGGGCCAAUGUCCUCAAAAACUACCUGUAUGACGGGGAAGAGAUCGCCACUCGGGGCAACGUCAUCGUGGUCACCUUUAACUACCGUGUUGGACCCUUGGGUUUCCUUAGCACCGGGGAUGCCAACCUUCCAGGUAACUUUGGCCUUCGAGAUCAGCACAUGGCUAUCGCCUGGGUGAAGAGGAACAUUGCAGCCUUUGGGGGCGACCCUGAUAACAUCACCAUCUUUGGGGAGUCUGCCGGAGGUGCCAGUGUCUCUCUGCAGACCCUCUCCCCAUACAACAAGGGCCUCAUCCGGCGAGCCAUCAGUCAGAGUGGUGUGGCACUGAGCCCCUGGGCCAUCCAGAAGAACCCACUUUUCUGGGCCAAAAAGAUUGCUGAGAAGGUGGGAUGCCCCACAGACGACACUGGCAAGAUGGCUAGGUGUCUGAAGAUCACAGACCCCCGGGCCUUGACAUUGGCCUACAAGCUGCCCUUGAAAAGCCAGGAGUACCCCAUAUGGCACUAUCUGGGCUUCACCCCUGUCGUCGAUGGAGACUUCAUCCCUGACGACCCCAUCAAUCUGUACGCCAAUGCCGCUGACAUUGACUACUUAGCUGGCAUUAACAACAUGGAUGGCCACCUUUUUGCUACUGUUGAUGUACCAGCCAUCGACAAGACCAACCAGGAUGUCACAGAGGAGGAUUUCUACAGGCUCGUCAGUGGAAACACUCUCAACAAGGGCCUUAAGGGUGCCCAAACCACUUAUGACCUCUACACUGAGUCCUGGGCCCAGGACCCGACCCAGGAGAACAAGAAGAAGACAGUGGUGGCCUUUGAGACCGACAUCCUCUUCCUGAUACCCACGGAGAUGGCUCUGGCCCAGCACAAAGCCCAUGCCAAGAGUGGCAAUACCUAUUCUUACCUGUUUUCCUACCCUUCACGGAUGCCUGUCUACCCUAAAUGGAUGGGGGCUGACCAUGCCGAUGACCUCCAGUACGUCUUCGGAAAACCCUUCGCCACCCCAUUGGGCUACCGGGCCCGAGACAGGACUCUCUCCAAGGCUAUUAUUGCCUACUGGACCAACUUUGCCAGGAGUGGGGAUCCCAACAUGGGCAACUCACCCGUGCCCACACACUGGUACCCUUAUACCACGGAGAAUGGCAAGUACCUGGACAUCACUAAUGAGAUAACUAGCACUUCCAUGAAGGAGCACCUAAGGGCCAAGUUCCUGAAAUACUGGGCUGUGACAUACGAGGUGCUGCCCACAGUGACUGAUGGCGAGGACACCCUCCCUCCCUCUGAAAAUGACUCAGAGGCUGUCCCUGUGCCCCCUGUGGAUGACUCAGAAGCUACCCCUGUGCCCCCUGUAGAUGAUAAUUCCCAGGCUGCUCCUGUUCCACCCACAGAUGGCUCUGUGGAGGCUCAGGUGCCUGUUGCCAUUGGCUUCUAAUGUCUUGUAAGCCUUGGCCUCAGGGUCCUCUUCUUAGCUCUUUCUUAAUAAAGCCUCAGCUUUGCCCACC